CAAGCCAAGGCCCAUGGUAUAGAUAAAGCUCAUAGUUUAUCCACAAAAAAUGGUGCUGACGUCUGAGCUCACCACCUUCCACUCUCAGUUCUUCUCUCCUCCCUUUUUUUACCACUUCUUACCAUAUUGACACUCGAAUCUCUUCUGGGUUUCUAAGAUUGUCACUCCUCUCUUCUGGGUUUCUCUUGGAAUUUCACUAGGAAGCUUCCUCAAAUCCGUCAAUGCCCUAUUUGAAGCCGGUGGAAGCCGAGGAAAAAUCUUCCUCGGGUUAUGGCAAACCUCCAUGGAUAUUCAAAGGCCGUGCCUUGUACCAGCUCCACCUUGUGAAAGCAGAAACCGCUAGAGCUUUCAUCCCAAAAGAGUUCAGAUUAGUUGAAGCUUUUGGAUACACUCUUGGUGGCUUUUUUCUUGCCAGUUAUGAGGACAGCCCAGCUGGAGUUUUUGAUGAGCUCGUGGUGAUUGCAGGGAUAGUGUGGAACCCACCAACAUCUUGCGCAUGGGCUGCUAGAGUGCUUGUGAACAGUGAUGAAGCUUGUGUUCAUGGACGGAAGGCUGUAGGGCUUCCAAGUCAGGUUGCAAGGUUUUCAAAGAGAAUUACUGCAAUUCCAAGGCAACAAAGGAGUAAGACCAAUGGCUUUCUUAACAUGAUCGGCAUCGGUAAUACUUUCAAUAGUCCAAAGGAUUGUAUGGAUGUUCAAGUGACAGAAAUUGAGGGUCGUACUGCUGCAGAUGCCUGUAGUGUUAACCUUAACACUGCUGUGCCUUUGCUGAAACCCGAGAAGUGGAUGGGGCCAGCUAUCAAAAUGUCGCUUCCAAGCUUUAGUGGCCAUACAGUGUAUAAUCCGAACCUUCUCAAAUACUCCUGCCAAAUCGAAUGCAGGGUGAGAGCAGUGAAGCCAGCCAGAGUAUCAAGUCCCUCUCCUGGGCCAAAAAAUAAGAAGGAAAAUGAGAAAGAAGGAUCUCCCAGACACCAGAUUUUCAGUUCCAUGGACUCCACAGCUGUAGAAACCAUUGAAAAUGGAGAAAACCUCUGCGUUUCCGUGAUGUUAUCAAAGCCUGUAUUAGCUCUGGAGUUUAACUGUCUGAACAUGCAAGUUGAAGCCCCCAUUGUAGUUUCCCACUGCUCCAAGAACACUUUAGGAGGUUCUUGAUCAUCUCCUUGGUUUUUUUUUUCUUUUUCCAGCUGAUUAUGUACAAUAAAUCGAUAAUCCAAGUUUCUUUGCCUGGUUUUGCUCCUAA